AUGGCCACCUCGGGUGACUACGUUUUCAUCAACAUCGAUGUAUCGACUGGCUCACACGCCGAGCAACCGUGGGUACGCGCCAACGAUAGCGACAAGAACAGCGCCGAGAAUCAGAAAGCGAAAGAGGCGUACAAGGCCUUGAAAACGAUCUCUUUGCGCCGGAGUGACCAGGAAGAGUAUAAGCAGUUCGAGACACGGGUCGUCGAGCGAGCCAACAAGAAGUACCACUACAAGGAGAAGAUGCACAAAGAGUAUGAGAUGAACAACUUCAUUUCUGCUUUCUACGAUGCUGUUUUGCUGUACGCUAUUGCUUUGAAUGAGACGCUGAGGGAUGGGUUGGACCCUCGAAACGGGCACAAUAUUACGAGUAAAAUGUGGGGCAGGACUUUCGCUGGUAUUACGGGUAACGUAUCGAUUGACAAGAAUGGCGAUCGAUACUCGGACUAUUCCCUCUUUGAUCUCGACCCGGAUAGGGACAAAUUUGUGGAAGUCGCCUACUACUCAGGCGCAGCGAACAAACUCGAAUCAGUCGGCACGAUUCAUUGGGUUGGCGGGAAACCACCAAGAGAUAUGCCGAUUUGCGGAUUUGACAAAAGCAAAUGUCCAAAAGGUUAUCCGUUACACGUUUAUCUUCUCUGCGGUGCCGGUGCAGCGAUCAUCAUUCUCGCAUUAUUAUUCGCUUUCUUUUUAAGAAGAUAUCGCCUUGAACAAGAGCUCGCAGCGAUGUCAUGGAAGAUUCGAUGGGAGGAACUUGAUGGAGAAGAGAGUACAAAGAAAGAGAAAAAGAAACGAAAAAGGAAAAACAUGUUCGAUUUUGAGGGAGAAGCUUUGAUUCGAUCUGGUUCAAGGGGAUCAUUGAACUCGGACAAGUUUGACGAGGAAGCGAUCGGCCUCGUGAGAAUGCGUUUGAGAAGCUCGUCUUCUGGAGCAACGCGGAAAAUCUCGGCGAUGAUCGAUCGAAAAUUCUCGCAAUUUUUAACGAGAAAGAAAAGCUCGCCGAAUGCUGAGAAAAACGGAGCGCCGGCUGGUGGUGCUUUCUCUGGUGUUGAGAGGCCGGGAAUGCUUGGCGGUCACACAAAUACGAUCCAUUCUCUCAAAGAAGUUGACAGUGACGGUGAAACGUCUCCACUAAACAAUCAUCAAGAAGUUCGAUUCAAUGAUAGACGGGUAAGCUCACCGGUGAGCUCAAAUUCGGAUUACCGAAAAAAGAUCUCAAAUGAGGAGUCGAUUAGCAACAAGAAAGGAUCAGUGAGCCUACGAGGACGAAAACUUUCCUUUGCCGGGAUUUCAUUAAAGAGCGGUGGCUCGGCGGAGACAAUCCAGCUGCAGAAUAAUGCGCAAAUCUAUACGAAAACUGCUGUUUACAAGGGUACAAUGGUGGCGAUCAAAUCGCUAGCGAUAGACACGAAAAAGUACCCAAAGCUCGAGAUGUCUCGUGCGAUGUUGAUGGAGUUUAAGAAGAUGAAGGAUUUACAACAUGAUCAUAUCACAAGAUUCACGGGUGCUUGCGUCGAUUGUCCUCAUUACUGCAUUGUGACCGAGUAUUGUCCAAAGGGAUCACUAGAGGACAUUCUGGAGAACGAUAAAAUCGAGUUGGACAAAAUGAUGAAGUAUUCAUUGUUGCACGAUCUCGUUAAGGGUAUGUACUUCUUGCACAACUCCGAGCUGCGUACUCAUGGGAAGUUGAAGUCGAGCAACUGUGUCGUUGAUAGUCGUUUCGUGCUCAAAGUGACUGAUUUCGGCCUUCACAAGCUUCACGCCCUCGAAGAGCACAAUAUUGAGGAGAUCGGCGAGCACGCUUUUCACAAGAAAAAGCUGUGGACAGCGCCUGAAUUGCUCCGUGACACGAAUCCGCCCAUUCAGGGGACACAAAAGGGAGAUAUUUACUCAUUCGCGAUUAUUUUGCAUGAAAUGAUUUGGAGAAGAGGAGUGUUUUCUCUUGAGAAUGAGCAUUUGAGUCCACAAGAGAUCGUCGAUCGAGUCAAGAAACCGCCGAUUUCUGAUGAUGAGCUCUUUCGACCGUUUGUUCCCGAGCCACAAGAAGGAGAAGAGCCAGAAGAGAGCUCGCUGAUCGAUUUGAUGCAUAUGUGUUGGGCGGAGAACCCCACAGAGCGCCCUGACUUCAGCUUUGUUCGAAAAGUGGUCCGGAGUCUCAACAAAGAAAAUGAGACGUCAAACCUGGUGGACAACUUGUUGAAGCGGAUGGAGCAAUAUGCGAACAAUUUGGAGGGACUUGUUGAAGAAAGAACUCAAGAAUAUCUGGCUGAGAAGAAGAAAGUCGAGGAAUUGCUUCAUCAAUUGUUGCCUCCAUCAAUCGCUGAUCAAUUGAUAGCCGGUAAAGCUGUCCAAGCUGAACAAUAUGAGAGUGUCACUAUCUAUUUCUCGGACAUCGUCGGCUUCACCUCAUUAUCCAGCAUGUCUACACCAAUGCAGGUCGUCACCCUUCUCAACGAUCUCUACAUGGCGUUUGACGGAGUGGUCGACAACUUUAAGGUUUACAAAGUGGAGACAAUUGGUGACGCCUACAUGGUGGUUUCCGGUUUACCGGAAAAGAGAGACGAUCACGCGUCACAGAUCGCGCAAAUGAGCAUCGCUUUAUUGCAUAAGGUGAAAAACUUUGUGAUUCGACACCGACCAAACGAGCAGCUCAAGUUGCGGAUUGGGAUGCAUUCGGGCUCGGUGGUGUCUGGUGUGGUUGGCUCAAAGAUGCCAAGAUAUUGCCUAUUCGGUGACACUGUCAACACCGCAUCGAGAAUGGAAAGCAACGGGCUGCCUCUUCGAAUUCACGUGUCAACAGAGGCGAAAGAAAUGCUCACCGUUGACCCCGGUUUCCGGUUGGAUCUCCGCGGCGAAGUGGAGAUGAAAGGAAAGGGAAGACAAACGACGUAUUGGCUAAAGGGUUACAACGGGAUCGACAUUCCGGAUUUCGGGCCAGACUUCCGG